UUCUCUUUCGUACCCCCAAGGAGAAAAUGCCCGCGUGUCAGUGAGAACAGUGAGAGGUGGUACCAAGUGAGGUGCGAUGGGGUCGUUGCCGCAAGACGUCGGCGAGCUGGUGGCGCAGCGCGACAAGGAGAUCCACCAGCUCCAGAUCCUGCUGAGGGAAAAGGAUGACGAGAUUGUGCAACUCCGGUCCCAGCUGGACAAGUACCAGAGUGUCAUGGCCCUCGUGGGUUCCGUGUCGGGCCACGUGAGCGCCACCCUCAAGAGCCGCCCCCGGAAACAACGCGCCGGCAUUUCCGCCGAGCCGCAAAGCCUCAACAGCAUCCAGGAGCUCAUCUCCACCCGGUUCCCUGAAUACCCCAAGUCUCAAGAGAACAUGUUUUCUAAGCCCAGCCCACAGAUCAUUGCCCCAUCUUCUUCCCUGGGGAUCUUCGCAAACGUUUUGGAGGUUCACAUCAACAAUCGGCUGGAACUGCAUUUUUGUCAAUUUACUUGUUUUAUACAAUGUGUGGGUUCUUGUAAAACCAGAUCACGGCACUUGAUCGAGUCAGCUAUUCUCGACAACGACUUCAUGAAGAACCUGGAUCCAACCCAAAUCCGCGAAAUCGUCGACUGCAUGUAUCCAGUGGCUUAUCCUCAAGGAUCAACCAUAAUUCAAGAAGGAGAUAUCGGGAACAAAGUGUAUGUUAUGGAAGAAGGGAAAGUCGAAGUUUCCAAAGAUAACAAGUUCUUAAGUGUGCUUCCGCCUGGAAAGGUGUUCGGGGAGUUGGCGAUUUUGUACAACUGCAAGCCGUCGACGGACUGUAAACUAUGGGCUGUCGAGCGGCAAUGCUUCCAAACGAUCAUGAUGCGAACGGGACUCAUUCGACAGAACGAGUACUUGGCGUUUCUCAAAAAAACCUUCUCCAUGCAAAGAAGGAGGCUAUCGACGACUACAGUUAAUAACUACUGCUUGCAAUUAAAUGCGAACAACCAGUGCAAAUAUGUACAGGGAGAAUACAUCAUCCGCCAGGGUGCUGUCGGUGAUACGUUUUUCAUCAUUAGUCAGGGAACGGUGCAAGUGACGAUGCGUCAGCCGGACGGGAAAGAAAAGAUCAUCCGAACGUUGAAGCAAGGAGAGUUUUUUGGUGAAAAAGCACUUCAAGGGGAAGAUGUGCGAACUGCAAAUAUUAUUGCCGACAAAGAAGGCUCGACAUGUCUCGUCCUCGACCGUGACACUUUCAACCAACUUGUCUCGUCGUUGCCGGAUAUCCGGCGACAGUAUGUUGAGGAAUCGUCCAAGCAGCGCCGAAUCGCUGAUCAGGAAUUCACCAGCCUAAAGCUGUCGGAUUUGCGCAUUCUCACCACACUGGGUGUCGGCGGAUUCGGCCGUGUGGAGUUGGUGCAGCUCGCCGCGGAUUCCAGCAAAUCCUUCGCUUUGAAGCAGAUGAAAAAGGCUCAGAUCGUGGAGACCCGACAGCAGCAGCACAUAAUGAGUGAGAAAGAAAUAAUGGAGGAAUGUAACUGCGAAUUCAUCGUGAAGUUGUACAAAACCUUCAAGAACCAGAAGUACCUGUACAUGCUGAUGGAGUGUUGUCUUGGGGGCGAGCUAGACCGAGGGCAUUUCGACGACGGGACAACGAGGUUCUACACAGCGUGUGUGCUGGAGGCGUUCGACUACCUGCACUCCCGGAACAUCAUCUACAGGGACUUGAAACCCGAGAAUUUGCUGCUGGAUUCGCGGGGUUACGUGAAGCUAGUGGACUUCGGGUUCGCCAAAAAGCUACCCAUAGGACGGAAAACGUGGACGUUUUGCGGAACGCCGGAGUACGUGGCCCCGGAAGUCAUCCUUAACAAAGGCCACGACAUUUCCGCUGACUACUGGAGUCUCGGAGUGCUCAUGUUUGAGCUGCUGACGGGAACCCCGCCGUUUACUGGCUCUGACACAAUGCGGACGUAUAAUAUCAUCCUGAAGGGUAUCGACGCUGUCGAGUUCCCGCCGAGGAACAUCACUCGACAGGCCACAGCACUCAUCAAGAAACUUUGUCGUGACAACCCCGGUGAGCGGCUGGGAUAUCAGCGUGGGGGAAUCAAAGAUAUUCAGAAACACAAGUGGUUCGAUGGGUUCAACUGGGAAGGACUUCGGGCCUUGAGCUUGAAACCCCCAAUGUUGCCCACUAUCCGGUCCGUUACCGAUUCAUCCAACUUCGACCCGUACCCGCCUGACACGGACGGCCCGCCACCCGACGACCUUUCGGGUUGGGACGUGGACUUUUGAAUCGCAGCAACGGCCACUGAGGACGGAUCGCCAUUAGCAAGCAAAAGCCAACACGUGUCCUGGCUUCCGCACACGUGGCCUUCCGCCGAGCGGAGUUCGGGUUUCCUGGCGGACAAUCGGCAGGCAUUUUUUUGGUCUUUUUUCGGGAAACGCUCGUGUUUCAUUUAGCUUUAUCCCCGGCUCGUUAUCCCUGUUCUGCCUUGUUGAAUGGUCGCCUGAACCCCUUCGGAUGUACCCGUCGUUCAUUGGUGCUCAUCGUCGUCCUACGUCCUUCUUAUCGCUUCUGAUUCGACAGGGAUGAACAACCUGUCCGCGGUUCUCUUUCCUGGGUUCGUGCGCGUGAAUGGAAAUGAAAAUUUUAUCCGCGUUAUCGCUUUCGUUGCUCGGUGUAGCGGUCAGAAAGUUCCCUGUUGAUUUCAUUGCGCGAAGACCGGUAUUUUUUGUUCCGUUUGAUAAUUUUUCAGUGUGUUUCACCAUCAAGACUCGUGUCCUGGAUCCCCCAAAAAAAAUUACUUAGCAGCUGAAGAAAGGGUUUGAGAUUUCAAACCGAGUGAAACCGCGAAACAUGCGACUUGCAAUAUCAUUCCAUGUUUCUUAUUGCAGAAUAACGCUUUUUAAGCCAUUAAUUUCAAGGAUUUGGGAACUCGAACCUCCUCAAAUCGAUUUUUUUUUCAAGUCCCUGUAUGAAAUCCCUCAGGAACAAUGCAUUAAAAACCUCCUUAACCCCAAUAAUUUCCUCCUCAAACCUCUGUGAAUCGAAUUUCCCCGAAGACUUUUUACUAUUAUUUAAGGACACAGUGAAGAGGAACUUAAUGAAGAUGUAACUUGUUGCCUUUCAAAACGAAGUAAUGGACUAAUUGGGCAAAUAAACCCUUGCCUUCGAAUUCAGCAUAUUUGUCAACUCAUUCGUGACAAAUUCAAGGCCCAUAAAAUAUAACCAAUUAAAAUAUCCUGUGAUUAUUUUCCCCCCAACAAAAAUGCUUUUCCGAAAUGGAAACAUCCCCAACUCAAUUUUUUGUUCUAGUCCCUUGAAGUUCGGUUUAAAGAGGUUCUACCGUAAUGGGUUGAAUGUCUGUACUUUUUGGAAAUUUCUUUAAACUUUCAAAGAAUAUUCCCGGUUGGAAGAGCGAGCCCGGAAAAACAAAACGUGUCGGACUAUGAUUCAAUACCCUGGUCAUAUACGAGUCGGUACUAUAUACCAUUGGGUCAUUCAACAUGUCCUCAAAAAUAUCCGUUGCUCAACUGAUAGUACUUUUGAAAGAAACAAAAAAGUACGUUUCCCGUUGAAUGCAAGUUCGCAACACUAUGUUUUGCUCAAUGGAGAGUGAUUCGCGAACUUUUUUCCAAACACACGUGCGUGCCUUUGCAUUUUGAGAGUCGUUCAGACCGCUACACCGACCGUUCAUUGUGGAGAGAAAGUUCGGCAGCUGUUCAGUGAAAGUCAGCCACGAGAAAUCCCCAUGACGUGCGUGCGUUCAUUCUGUGGUAAAAUUGUUUUUUUGUUUCUCCCCCACUUUGGAUUGAAAGAAGAAGAAAAAAAAAAGAACUCAGUAUUUUGUCGAGGAAUAAGGAAAGGAUGCCGACUGAGCGAAGGGAUUUUGCUUCCGAUUUCUUACCCCGUAAAGUGUAUUCCGCUGGCCUUUUCUCCGGGAGGAAAUUAUUCUUGUGUAUAUUUUUUUGGCAAACCGUCGCUGCUGGAAUCCGAAAGCAAAGAAAGAGAAUGUCGACCUUCUUUUUCGAAGA